CAAGUGUUGUUCAGAAACAAAGAAGAGCCAAUAUGGGAAAGGACUUUUAUCUGUAUGAGAACAUCUCCAAAGUGAGUCCGUUCGAGGGGCCACAAUACCACCUGGCACCAUCAUGGGCAUUCUACCUACAAACCGCUUUCAUGGGCUUUGUGUUCUUUGCUGGAACCCCCCUAAAUUUCAUCGUUCUCUUCGUGACUGUGAAGUAUAAGAAACUGAGACAACCGUUGAACUACAUCCUGGUCAAUGUCGCGCUGUCAAGUUUCAUCUUUGUGACAUUCUCUGUUAGUCAAGUAUUCAUCGCUAGCACUAGAGGAUACUUCUUCAUGGGUCAUACCUUGUGUGCGAUGGAAUCUGCUAUGGGAUCAAUAGCAGGGUUGGUGUCAGUUUGGUCCCUGGCUGUCCUUGCCUUUGAGAGAUAUGUGGUCAUCUGCAAACCCUUCGGCACCUUCACAUUUGGCAGUAACCAGGCUCUGUGCGCUGUUGCCUUCACUUGGGUAAUGGGGAUUGGAUGUGCCAUCCCACCAUUCUUUGGCUGGAGCAGGUAUAUCCCCGAGGGUCUGGGCUGCUCUUGUGGUCCUGACUGGUACACACACAAUGAGGAGUAUCACACCACCAGUUACAUGAUAUUUCUCAUGGUUACCUGUUUCAUCAUGCCCAUGACGGUCAUAAUUUUCUCCUACGCCCAACUGCUGGGAGCACUACGAGCUGUGGCAGCUGCGCAGACUGAGUCAGUGUCCACACAGAAGGCAGAAAAGGAAGUUUCCAAAAUGGUGGUCGUGAUGGUGUGUUCCUUCUGUGUGUGUUGGUGCCCCUACGCCCUGGCAGCUUUGUACUAUGCCUAUUCAUCAGAAGAAAACAAAGACUAUCGCCUGGUCACCAUCCCGGCUUUCUUCUCUAAAAGCUCUGGAGUUUACAACCCUCUCAUCUACGCCUUUAUGAACAAACAGUUCAACACCUGCAUCAUGGAGACAGUGUUUGGGAAAACGAUGGAGGAGACUUCAAUAUCAUCCUCCAAGACUGAUGUCUCUGUAGCAUAAGAACCAUUUCUCUCAGAUGGUCAGGAGCCAUGUCCAUUAGCUAAGAUCUCGCUCCCCUCUACUUCAUACCAGGACAGUCAAAUCUUUAACAGUAAAAAAAACAUAUCCAAACUCUGUAGUAAAAGGCUGCUUGGGAUCAGUUCAUUUAGAAUUCCAGUCCACCACUCCUUACUACUGUAUUGAUACUAAUGCUACAGUAAGACAAAAAGUGUGAGAAACACUCAUUGGAGACAUUCAGGAAAUACUGGUAUUUCUUCUAACUACAGUAAAUUCCAAUUCAAUUUCAAAAUUGAAUGACCCUAACCCUGCAGACAAGUAUUGUUAAUAUAAUCAGUGUUUGAUUUAUAGUGGUUGAGGGUUUUGUUUUAUUUCGAAUUCAAAUGGGAACACCCCAUAGAACAUCAUGAGUUAACAUUUGUUGUCUCAUCGAUCUUGCCUGAACCUUCUCUUUUUCAACCAUCUUAUUCCAACAAUUUGUUCCCCCCAAAUCACAACCUGAUAACUGCAAUGAUCAGUAUAUAUUUUAUUCUUAAAAUUUGACUGAACCAAAUUUGCUUAAAACUAUUCUAGAUCAAUCAUUAAACUAUAUUUUUUUCUUUUUGAAUGUAUUUGUUACAUUGUGUUUUAAGGUGGAUUUAAUAAACUGUGUGUGGUUCCUUAAUACCUAUUUUAGAUAUGAUCAGACAGGGAAAAUGGGGUUAAUUGAAUCUAUGCACUCUGAUGAACUCCUGCUGAUUUAAUUUAAAUAUACUGUAUGUAGAGUUAAUUAGGAUUUACCUAUAUUGUACUACAGUGCAUUUUUAAAAACAAUGUUUUAUCUAUACCCAAUAUAACUUUUAUUACUGGACCUAUAACAAAAUUAAACACACACAAUUAAGAAAAUAUGUCCACUGAAAUAAAUAAGCCUUGAACUAAAACUAUGUUUAGUCAUUUCUUUUAUUGAGAAACAGCUGUGGAAUCUAAAGUACAGCAUUUAAAUUCAAAUAAAAAUGUCCGUACAUUCAGUGUGAAAAUCCAGAAAUGGACCAUUUGCCAAGAAUGUAUAAUACUGAUAAAAAUGCAUUAUCGGAAUUAAAUUUGAUCAAGGUUUAUUCAGUCACAACUCUGAAACACACCAACUUCUCAAUUCAACAUGACCCAUAGGUAGGAAGUACAUCAGCUCUUAGCAUGAGCUGUUGCAUUUCCUUACACUGGUGUUGUUUCUAAAAUGUACAAACGUUUCAUUUCCAUGUCUCCUUUCCCUGUACAAUGAUGAAAGUGAAGACAUAGGGGAGGAAGCCAAUGCAGACUAUCAAGAAGGGAUUGACUGUAGAGAAGGGCUUACAGAAGCAGGACUGAACAUUGUCAUAGCAGCCCUUUUCACGAUAGACAAAUACUGGGGAAAAAGGAGUCAACCUAAGUAUUUCUUGAGAAACAGAGCAUGGUGAGGGGUGAUUCACCUGUAGUGGACUUAUUUUCCCAUAAACCUUUGGUCCCAAAUUAUGUUUGGUGUCAGUUUCAUAGGCUGAGCUCCCAAAAAAUUAAACUGAGAAGGCACACACUGGGUUAGAGAAUAAGUAUGAGGCUAACAUUGUGUGUCAUCUCAUUUACCUAUAUACUAUAAACUUACAGAUUAUCACUAAAGUUGGCUUCAUCAAAAACAUUACUUACAAAACACUAAAUAAUUUCCACAGUAUGGAAGAUUUGUGAGAAGAAAAAAAAA